UGAUGCAAUUCACAAUCGGUAUGGGGAAUACUGGCCCGCCCGAGUAGGACGGGUACAAUAAGUCCGCCGGUAGCCUAUCGAAGGCCUAGAAGAACCUGGACAGUUGCCCACAGGAUGCUGCUCUACCAGCUCCUUUGAUCUUGAAAUUCUCAUCAAAGAUGGGCUCUGAGAAGCCUCAAGAAAGAGAGACAUCGAUUGUCGUCGCUGAUACUAAUGCAAAUGCCCCCACAACGUUGUUUGCGCCAGUAAAGUCGGCAACUGAAGAAUUGCCACCUCUUUCCGCUGGAGCGUCAAGGGGCAGUGUUUUGCAGGAACCGACAAUACGCCAAGUAGCACCUUUAGUUCUGAUUUUGACAGGAGCUUCUUUCCUCAAUACAACUGGAGUGCAAUCAGUCGUCAUCAUCUUGCCAAGCAUUACUCGAGAUCUCCAUAUCCCAGAAACUCGACAAGAAUGGAUCGUCUCAGCCUAUGGCCUCACUUCAGCCGCCUUUCUUCUGCUUUGUGGCAAGCUUUCAGAUGUUUAUGGGAAGAGGUUGCUGUUCAUCCUGGGGUGCUUCUGGCUCACCGCUACUACCCUGGGGGCCGCUUUCUCUCCAAAUGAAAUCUGUAUGUACACGAUGAGAGCUUUGCAGGGCUUGGGUGCGGCAAUUACUAUUCCAACAGCCAUCGGAAUUAUUGGAUAUACAAUACCGCCUGGUCGAGUCAAGAACUAUAGUUUCGCUUUCUACUCGGGUGGCGCUCCAAUGGGACAAGUGUUGGGUAAUCUGCUGGGCGGCAUCAUUUCUGAAUACGCAAAUUGGAAAGUUGUGUUCUUCGUCAUAGCUGGUGUAGCUUUCGUCAUUGGAGCUAUCGCAAUCUUCGUUGUUCCAAAGGAACCGCCCAGUACUGGUGAUGCUGGUGAACAUCCUCGUGCAUCAGGUAUUGAUUGGACUGGCGCAUUUUUGUUCACAUCUGGUACUCUUUUGCUACUGAUCGCUCUUUCAGAAGGAGUGGCUCAACCUCAAGGAUGGAGGACACCCUUCGUCAUAGCAAUUCUCCUCGUCUCUGUUUUAUUCCUAGGCCUGUUCAUAUUUUGGCAACAUUAUCUGGAGAAGAUAUCAUCAGAGCCGCUGAUGCGUGUUUCUACGUUCAAGACGGGGCGCUUCUCGGCAGCUAUGGUGAUUGUGUUUUUCUUCUCAGCUGGCUUCACCAAUUUCUUGGUGUAUUCAACCUACUAUUACCAAGACCUUCAAUUAUUAUCACCAAUACAGACAACUCUUCGAUACAUUCCACUCGGCAUUUGUGGCAUCUUCUCAAUCUUCUGCUCGGGAUAUUUCAUGGCUCGAAUUCGAGGCAACUACAUCCUAAUCUUCGGAUUAGGCUCAGCCCUCAUCGCAAACAUUAUUUUCGCUGUCCCCAUUCCGCCAUCAACUACAUACUGGGCAUAUGGCUUCCCAGCAAUGUGUCUCGCUGCCUUCGGGGCUGACACAACAUACCCCUGCAUCGGACUCUUCACCACUCAAUCACUUCCCAGAAAAGACCAAGGCGUCGCAGGUGCCAUGUUCCAAACAAUCGCUGGUCUGGGUCGAGCUAUGUUCUUGCCGAUUACGGCAACAAUUCAAUCUAGUAUUCAGACUAGAGUCGCUAAUAGUAGCAAUGAUGCUAGUUAUGCAUAUCUGGAGGGACUAAGGGGUGUUGAAUGGUUUUGUGUUGCGUGCAUGGCGAUCUCCCUCCUGAUCACUGUGUUUGGAUUGCGGAAUAUUGGGAAGAUUGGAUUACUGAAGAAACUUGGGAAUGUGCAGUCAGCUGCGAAAGAGAAGGACGAAGAGACAUAACUGCCUUCGAAAUCCGAAUUGUUGAUUUCCGGAACCGCUCAAGGAUCGAGAAACUGCUCACGUGACCGAGAAAUUCUGUUUUAAUCUCCGGAGGUUUGCAAGUGGGAAGUAUUUCUUGCAGUGCACAUUCUUAAAGAUCUGUUCUAUUUCAUCCUAUUCCUUUUCGUAGCCGUUAGUACGGUUGCUGUUCAUUUUGUGGUUUUC